CGCGGAAAACGUUACGUGACAUGCUAAAGAACGACUGCAAAGGAUAACCUCUGUGAAACACGUAACGUCUGAAAAUCAGUUAAUGUUUGAAAAACCUCUUAGUUUAUCCAAAUGAUCAUAUCUCGUUUUAACCUCGUGAUUUAUCAAUCAUAAAAGUUAACACUGCUCGUGACCACGCGCACGUAUAUUCAGGUAGAAUCAAACAUGUGACGUCAGCUGACUUAUUUUGCCGGCGUCUUUCACAAGCGAUAAGAGAGCUUUUCAACACAAGCCUGAAAUUUUACGGGUCAAAACCCACGUUAAAACGUUUGUCAAGGAGAAACCAAAGGAGAGUGACCAUUACAUAAACGUUACUUUAACCCAAUCGUGAGCACUAUCACGUUUAUCCACGAUUUUUUUCUCGUACACGUGAUGUCAGUGGACAUGCUGGACACUUCUUCAGAAAGCUCGUAACAGAAGCAGCUUCAAAGUUCACGGGAAACACACCUUAAAACUUCUGUCAAAGGAGAUUUUAAAGAAUACCGGCAUUAAUUUUCUAGUAGGUAAGUCGUAUCUUUACUUUCAGCUCAUUCGCAAAGGAACAAGUUUCACUUUCGACUCGGCUUAUCAUGGAGGUCUUCAAAAAGCUGUUUUCAUCUGUUUACUCAAUUGCGCUCCGACUAAAAUUCUUUAGCUGCUUAUGAACAAGAAGACAAAAACUUACGCCUUGAUUUGAUGAAAAUUUUGUAUUUUAAAGCUAACAAAAGUAAUUUUCGCAUAUUAUUAUGUAACAUUUUUGUUAUGAUGUACUUAGCUUAUCUUGAAUCCAGACAUCAAAGAAUCUAGGGGGAAAAUUUGAAAGCGACGAUAUUUUUUCUCUCUGAAAUUCGUCGCAAAAAAACAGCUUUAUUUUGUUUUGCUAGAUGGGCACAAUAAUUAUAAAGAUCCGCCUAGGGUAAACUUUGCAAACACCUUGUGUGUUUUUUUGACUUGCAAAUGUUUCUCAGCUGUCAAACUCAAGUGUUCUGAAACAGGUUAUAUAUUUAUGAGGCACCUAGUCGUCUGAAGACAUGUACGGUGGCCUGCUUUUCUGCUUCUAUUUCAAACAGAGUAGUAACAUCCAGGUACUUGUUUUGACGUGAAAACGGAAGAACUUUAUUUUCAUUCGAUCAAAUUAAUCAUUUAAUCAGUAACAAAUUCUCAGUCGCGCAAUGCAGCGGAAAUAAGUGGUGCGAGAAAUAUAAUAGUGUGCUUUUCCACACUAUUCUUUCGAUGUAAUUAACGAUCGUCAUUGUCUGCCUUGCUAUAACUGAAUAGUACUAAAAUAUCUUUAACUACUAGAAAUUCCAGUUUUCUUUAAAAUUUUCUCACCUUCAGAAGUAAUUUUUAGGUAAUAUCAUCACACAAAAAGUUAUAAGGAAUAACUAGAGUAACUUGCCAGCUAGUGUGUUUUUGUCGAUAAAACACAGAAUUAUCUGAGCCAAGUUAUAGAGCAGCUGGUAGGAAUCUUUAAAGGGAUGUAGGACUCUGCUGUUCAUCUCUCUGGGAUAUUCCUGAUUGUUUUCUAACAGCACAACAUUGUUUGAAUGUGUUGUGUUGUUGAUUGAGACAGAGUGAGGCAGUGACUUCUUUGAGAUUUUCCUUUCCUCAUCUGUUUUGACCCUUUAUGGUCUAAAAUCAGUAUGCAUAUUCUCCAUACUGUUCUCUUCACAUUUCCUUAAGUAUUUAACAUCAAGAGAUUUGGUGAUCAUUUCCUUUCUUCUUGUGACCUUCCAUUGUUUGAUUCAGGGGUGAUAUUGUAAGGAGAAAUUAGGUGCUGGUCACUCUAAGGGCUCAAGAGGUUAAUUAUCUGUACCCACACUACUCCUCUUUGGAAUAAAUGCAUUGGCAGGGUGGAAUCUUCAUUUAAAAAAGUUCCUGUCUGGCUUCAGCUCUGAGAGUUAGGUAUCUCAGAUCCUCACACUGUGCCUCUCUCCGGCUGGGAGUACAAAAGGGUGUCAGAAAACUUUCAAGCAAACUACAAACCCCAUCACAAUUGUUGAAACAUUUUCCCCUUCCCUCCUUGCUAACCUUGGUAACAAGAAAGAGAAAGUGAUGUGUCAGUAAAAUGUGAUGAAGGUUUGGGAGAAUUGCAAGGAAAUCUGUGGUCAGUAUCCAGUCUAGAGGGAGAAAUGAUUCAUGUCUGAAAUUGCAGAGUUAAGCUUCAGUAAUGAGUCGGUAAUUAGGUCUUAAUAGACUUAACUCUUUACUACAGCUAUGUAAAAUCCCUUUCUUGAUAGAUCUUAUUCAGGAUGAAAUAUGUUCCUUCACAGGAAGUAUUAUUAACCUUCUGAGCUGCUUAAGUACUCAGUACUUCUCUGUACAUUAUUACUGCAUUGUUUAGCAGACAGAUGACAAGUUAGAAGCAAUGGGGUGUUUUUGUGAAAUAAAUUCCUAAUAUUGAAAUAACAGGAAAUAUUUAGAUGCUGGGAUGAUUCUGAGGAUUGAAAGGUUUGCAAAAUGAAUAUAAUCUUUGAAAUAUCAUUUUUAUGCUGUUUACAGUAUGUUGAAAGACUCUGAAGAAUCUUUUUUCGAAUCAAACAAGCAGAUAAACUAGUAUUUAAGAUUCGCUCAAUUACAUGUAUUAUCACAACAUGCAGACCUUUUAGGAUUAUAAACAAGUAACAAAUUAUGAAAUCUUUAUUUGACUUACAAAAAUGAUCAGCCCAUACAAAGUAAAUUAGGCUUGAGUAAACCCACAAGUAGCUGAUCUAAAUAAAUAUGCUAAAGGACACAAGAUAUUUAAUACACUAAAUUGGUUAUAAAAUCCCUGAUGUUUGCCUGAAAUUUAGAGCCUGAGUACCAGAACAGACCUAGAGGAAGGGUACAGGGGUGCACACCCCCCCAAAAAUGACCAGCAGGUUUCUAAUAUAACUAGCACUCUGCAAAAAAUGGAAUCAUGUGGUUUAUUGGUGUUGAGGUAAAACAUGAGAUAAGGUUAAAGAAUUUAUUUUAAUUGUCAUGAAAUUAUAGUUUGAGUUUGGCACUGUAGUUUCUUCUUCAUUGCUUGCCUUUAAAUUUUUUUUUUUUGCCAUCUGUCAGUGAUGACAUAACUUAGUUGUGCACUCCCCUUUAGAAAAAUCCUGAAUCUAUCCCAGUAUAAUUCACUUGAGUAGAAAAGACAUGGAGACUCAAAGCCCUGGACCAGGCCUGAGAUGUGAUCACCCUUUUUUCUUCCAACAGCUAAGGACUAUCAGAGGUGAUUCUAACUUGUGAUUGCCAUGGCCAAUGUACGAGAGAAAUUGUUGACGGCAGUCUAUGAAGAGGAGCAUACAGCCCCAAGUAAAGUGACAAUUGUUGGUGUUGGACAAGUAGGGAUGGCAUGCGCUUACAGCAUAAUGCAGCAGGUUGGACUUUACAUUUUAAAGUAUACAUCCAUUAAUCAAAUAUCAUCCCUACUUCUUAAUUAGCCCUUUCUUUGUCUUUUCAUUGUUUUCCUUUUCUUUCCCCCUGCAGGUCAAGCUUCUCUAACCUUUUUAUUCCCAUCGGUGAAUAAUAUCACCCUAGGUGAUAUCUUGAUGUAAGACCAAAUUCUCUUGUUCUAUUUACAAGGAAAUGUGUGGCAGUCAGUAGGAAGAGGUAUUGGCUAUAUCUUCAGAGGGUAAUGGGAAUGAAUGGUUAAAUGAGGAGAGAUAUACUGAAAAUGUUUGUAAAUGCACUGCUCCACUAGGUUGUUCAUGAUAUAUAGCAUAUGUCAUUUUCAUCACUGAUCAGGGUAUUUGCCGUGAACUGGCCUUGGUUGACAUGAUUGAGGAUAAGCUGAAAGGGGAGAUGUUGGACUUGCAGCAUUGUCAGCGGUUUGUCAAGAACGUCGGCAUCCGUGCAAGCACUGGUAUAAAUUAUUUUUCUCUUGUUCUUUGUGGUCUGAUUAAGGACCAGUUUCAUGUUUGAUGCCAGCAUGUGUUUUAUUAGCCUGCAUCUCAGCCCCAUCUCCUUUCCACUCAGAUUAUGCUGUUACUGCAAACUCCAACUUGUGCAUUGUGACUGCGGGCUCGCGUCAGAAAGAGGGUGAAAGCAGAAGGGAUCUGGUACAGAGAAAUGUCAACAUCUUCAAAGGUAAAUAAUGGUAUGUCUUUGGCUGGAGUCUUUCUGCAGAAUGAUUCAUGGAAUAAAAGCAACCACUUGACAAUAACAUUGUGGAUGCUCAUGCAAUUUUUAAUGCAUUUUCUACUUUUCAGCAAUCAUUCCACAGCUGGUGAAACACAGCCCAAACACCAUUCUGAUGAUUGUCUCAAACCCAGGUAAACAAUCCAACAAUAUUUAACAAUUACAUAAUAAGAUGAAUUCUACACCCAUUUUGAUUGACUUUAAUGUACGAUCUAUCUGAGGACAGACGCAUAGAUGACGUGACCAUUAACGACAUUUUGCUUUUUUAUCAUGCAAAACAAACUGAUUCUUUGUUUUGAUACAUCUGUUCAGUAAAAGGUCACAGCUGUGGCAAGAACAAAAAAACUGUGGUAAGAACAAAAUAGGGGCACGCGAGGCGCAGCCGGGUAUGUUACUGAUGGGAGUGAAGUGUCUUGCGCAUGCCCAAGAAUACAAUACAAUGACCCGACUUCGGCUCAAACCCAGACCUCUCGACAUUGAGUCCAGCACGUCUCCUUUCGAGUGUCAGCUACGUGUACAAUGUUAGUAAACAUGGAAAUGAAUUUUUCAUUAUUAUCUUACAAAUUCCAUUAUUAUCUUAGUGGACAUUUUAACUUAUGUGGCAUGGAAAAUCAGCGGACUUCCCCAUGAGCGCGUGAUUGGAAGCGGAACGCACCUGGACACGGCCCGGUUUCAUUUUCUUAUCAGUGAAAAACUUAACAUUGCGCCAAACAAUGUGCAUGGAUGGAUCAUUGGGGAGCAUGGCGAUGCUAGUGGUACGUUAUCAAUACUCCUUUCUUAGCUCUUCAUUGGUAAGGGCCACUGAUCAUAAUCAUAGGGGUAUUACAUUUUAGUUCAAAUGGUAAAACACACCAGGUGACAGCUGACCUCUGAUAUAAGCUGCUCCGUUUGUGCUUCUUCCAAAAGCAAGUCGCUGCGACUCAGUAGUACUUUCGAAUCAAAACCAGCCACAGUUUGAAUAACUUGUUUCGACGGCAAAGUUCUGUCGUAGAACUUAAGUCGUCUCAGAAAAUUUCCAUGUGGGGUUGGUUUCCGCUCUUCUGUGGAGUCCAGUCUUUACUCCUCUCGCACUAACAUGGGCCCUUUCCCAAACAGCAGGAAGUUACUAAGCCAAUUGUAGCUGCGACCCGUUGCCUAGUGACUAAAUCUCAACCAAUGAGCGCUCGUUUUUUUUUUACCCUCAUAGUGAAUCUCCCAUAUUACUUCGGGUGAAACAAGCUCUCCCUUACUGUUUUGCAAACUUAAAAUUUUUGGGCUCAUUCGUCAAAUGGUUGCUGUUCUAUGUAUUUCCUCGUUUCUCAGUGCCUGUUUGGAGUGGUGUGAAUAUUGCUGGAGUUAAUCUCAAGGAUCUCCACCCAGACAUCGGGUCUGAUGGCGACCCGGAAAAAUGGAAUGAAGUACACCAGAAGGUUGUGAACAGGUAAAUUUUUUGGAAUUGUGCAUAGUAUUUUGAACACUGCGUGAUCUGACGUUUAACGGGCCAGGUCUGACUUCCUGCGUUUCAAAUUUCCCAGUGCAAUGGCUUUGGGUAAAGAGGAGGGGGGGGGAGGGGGUGGGGAAGAAAUCGACUGUGCCCGAGUUAAAUUCAUCUUCCAGUCCUCGAAGGAAUUAGUAACGUCAGCUCUUUGACGAUUUUCGACCUUGUGUGUGUACUUGCGUUGAUCUGUCGUGUUUUCCUAUUAUUUGUCCAUUUUUAAUUGGAUACGUUAUCCUAGAACAAGGUCUUCUUGAUGCAUAUUAUUAUUCGAGGGAGAAAAGGUGUUUGUUUUUGUGAAGUGUUUAAUGUUAGGGGCUCACUACAUCGAGAUUUAAGAGUUCAGAUCUUGAAAUCAUUGUAGUAACCUAUUGAGCUUUGACUUUUCCAAUGGUGUAAGAUUUCACGCGUAAACCUUGCAGUUUUGCAGAAAAGCGCCACAGCAACUGAAAUUCUACUAUAAGAUUUGCGAGAAUCUCUUAGAGGGCAGCGAAACGCAAUAUAUUGUUCUUUCUCCUGUUCAAUUUAGCGAGACCUUGACUCCGUCAGUGAUAGUGUUCUUACUUCUCCAUUUAGUGCCUACGAGGUGAUCAAACUGAAAGGUUACACAUCCUGGGCCAUCGGUUUGAGUAUCGCCACCAUGAGUCAAGCGUUGCUAAGGAACCAGAAGAACGUACAUGCUAUUUCAACCCUUGCUAAGGUGAGGUUUAACACGUUACAAGGAAGAGUAUAGAUGGAACGUUAAGAAUAAGGGGCUGAAAUGGAAGCCAGGUGGUAAGUCUGUAUUUUAUCCAGAUGGCCCAUCCAGCCGGAGCUUAACCCGGUUUCCACAGCAUGAAGCGACUAAGAUCAUUACUACUUCCCUGACAAUUUGCCGGUACCCAUUUAUACUCCUGGGUAGAGAGAGGCACUCUGAAAUUAAAGUGUUUAGCCAUGCGAGACAUGUGCGUUGUGAGAUAAGUCCUCUUGAUUGAAAAUUUGCUCUAGAAAUCGACUCAAGUCCCUUUCAAUGCUUUUUCAAUUCAGGGUUUUCAUGGAAUCGAAGAAGAGGUGUUUCUCAGCCUUCCUUGCGUGCUCGGCUCCCAUGGCAUCAUGUACGUCAUCAAGCAGACUUUGGACGAAAACGAGGCGAAGAAACUUCAGACCUGCGCGCGCACGAUGAACGAGAUUCAACAGAGUCUUGAGUUCUGAGUAUAUAGUGGUUGUCGCUGUAAAAGCAUAGCUGUAAGUUAUUAAAAAGAUGAGCUGUUUGUAAGUUAUUAUUUUCUAGCUAUGUAUGGAAUCAUUGGCUCUCGCUGUCGCUCCAGACUACCAGCAGUCACUCCUUUUCUGAGUCCUUCGCGCGUGUUAAAAAAAUUCAGUGAAGAAAACAAGUGAUGUGAGAGCGCCGCGCGGAACUCUGUUCGUGCGCCUCAUUCCCGAAGUUUCAAUUUUAUUUUUUCACUGAUUUUUUUUCGGGACUCACGCGGCAGACUUUGCCGAAAAGCAGGGACUGAUCCACUAGUAGUUUACUCUUGACCCGUUUUACGUUGCAGUUGUUUUUUCGCUUCUCCCAGGGUGGACAGUGAGAAAAAGGAAUUGCUCUCAUUGUAACCUUGAAUUAAAGAAAACAUUUGCUUGAGAUGCUCAAAUGGCCGACUGUAGACAAAUUACUGUAACUAAAAAUUUGAAUAAAGCAGCUUAAACUGGAC